UUACCGGAAUGGCAAUGGAUACGGGAGUUAAAGAGCAGGAAAAAGGAACAUUGGGAUUCCAUAAGAUAUACGCAUGUCGCUAGUGAGAGUUUGCGGCUUUGUGGCCGUUUGAGACGACAGUGCUUAGACCUGUUUAUCUUUAUUUCGACGACUCCAUGGUUACUUGCGACAUCAGAAUUAACUUUUGGGCUUCUGUUGCCAAUGUUAGAAAAAGGUCUGCUGGAGUAG